AUGGCCGAGGACAAGUCACAGGCUAAGAUCAAGUUUUUCACUAGAGAGUCUGAUGAAUCUCUGCAUGUUUUAGAUACGCCUCUGUUUGCCCCAGUAUCUUUGAAAAGGUAUGGAUUAUCGGAAAUUGUGAAUCAUUUGUUAGGGUUGGAGAAACCAAUUCCUUUUGAUUUUUUGGUAGAUGGGGAGUUAUUGAGGACUUCACUGCAGGAGUAUUUGACGAAGAAAGGGCUAUCUACGGAAACGAUUUUAAAUGUUGAAUAUACUAGGGCGGUUCUUCCGCCAUCUUAUUUGAACAGUUUUGAUAAUGACGACUGGGUGAGUGCUUUGGAUGUUGGAGGGAAUAAGAUUGUUAGUGGUUCAUACGAUGGGAUUGUGCGUACUUGGAAUUUGUCUGGGAAGGUGGAAAAACAAUAUUCUGGUCACUCGGGUGCGGUUCGAGCGGUGAAAUAUGUGUCUAACACAAGAAUGGUUUCGGGUGGUAAUGACCGUACGUUACGUCUAUGGAAGACUAAAAACGACGAUGUUAAGAACUUGGAUGAAUUUGAGGAUGUUGAAAAUGCGCAUACGUUGGCUAUCUUGGAAGGUCACAAGGCCCCAGUAGUUUCUAUUGAUGUUCGGGGAGAAAAGAUAUUGUCCGCUUCUUAUGAUAAUACUAUUGGUAUCUGGUCGACUAACUAUAAGGAAAUGACGGCCGUUGAUCCGGUGAGUGAUCUAGGAGAAAAACUAUCGACUGCUUCAAAAAAGAGAAGGAAGCUUGCGUUAAAAGAUGGAUCGAUAAGAAGACGUGCGCCAUUGUCCCUGUUGGAGUCCCACAAAGCGCCUGUUGAACAAGCUAUUUUCGACUCCAAUGAUAGUACCGUAGGAUAUUCUGUAUCGCAAGAUCAUAUGAUUAAGACGUGGGAUUUGGUUACGUCGCGCUGUGUUGACACCAAGACUACUUCUUACUCAUUGCUUUCAAUUGUUGAAAUGCCAGCCCGAAGGCUGUUGGCUUGUGGGUCUAGCGCUAGACACAUUAUCUUGCAUGAUCCAAGAAUGGAUUCAUCAUCCAAGAUUAUCCAGAAGCAACUCAUUGGCCACAAUAAUUUUGUGGUCUCUUUAGAUACUUGCCCUGAAAAUGAAUAUAUGUUGUGUUCUGGUUCCCACGAUGGAACUGUUAGGGUUUGGGAUGUCAGAUCAGACGCGCCCUUGUAUACCAUCACGAGGGAGGAUAAGUCAGUACAGAAGGGAAUCAAUGAUAAGGUUUUUGCUGUUAAAUGGGCUAAGGAUGUUGGCAUUAUUAGUGGAGGUCAGGACAAAAAGCUUCAAUUUAACAAAGGUGACAAUCUUUUCAAGAAAUGA